AGCCCGCCACCCCCAACUCGACAAUAAAAAAACCUCCGAGUGUCUUUCGGUUAUGGUUACGUGCCCUGGGAAAUGCAAGUGCUGAUCUGGGUGGGUGAAAUAAGUGGUUCUGGGAAGAAAAGAUCCCUCUUUAGGAUGCGGGAGGUAGUGGAGGAUGAGAUCUGCCCAAGGGUGAGGGAGUUGGAAAGGCUCUGCUAAUGUGGAUGAAAGGGGCAGCCCACUGUCGCCACUGAAAAGGAUUUGCAAAAAAGAUUGAUGCCCGGUGGGGGUGGAGGCCGCUGGUCUGGGUGUGUAAAUACAGGGGGAGGGGCUAGGUACCUGGGAGGUCCGGAGGUGGGAAGCAGCCCUAGAAUUCCUGCCUAGGGGUAUUUAGGAAGGCUAGCUGCCUCUGCCGAGGGUAGAAAGAGCUCCCUCCCCAGGAACAGACAGACCUCUCGGCUACAGUCUGAAUGCGUUGGCAUCUUGGGCGGUGACUGAAUGUUCAGAUCAUGGACCGUGGACGCUGUCCCUGGCUCCAAGAGGACCACAGCCUCUCUCCUCUGGCACCAGAUCGCUUCUACACCUUUUCAUCUCCGCAACCGGGUUCCUAGGCAAGGACUGGCACAAUGAAGAAGGCUGUGUGCUAGCUGCAACCUUUUGAACGACUCUGGAAGGAAAUCCAGAGUGUGGUCAGAUCCAGAACCGUUGCCAUACUUGGAGUGAAUGAGGAAUGGACUCGUGAUUAUGCUGAGGUUCCAGAAUGAAUCUGGUCGACCUGUGGCUGUCCCGUUCCCUCUCCAUGUGUCUCCUCCUCCAAAGCUUUGUCCUAAUGAUACUGUGCUUUCAUUCUGCCAGUAUGUGUCCCAAGGGCUGCCUUUGUUCUUCCUCUGGGGGUUUAAAUGUCACCUGUAGCAAUGCAAAUCUCAAGGAAAUACCCAGAGAUCUCCCUCCAGAAACUGUUUUGCUGUAUCUGGACUCCAAUCAGAUCACUUCCAUCCCCAAUGAGAUUUUUAAAGACCUCCAUCAACUAAGAGUUCUCAACCUGUCCAAAAACGGCAUUGAAUUUAUUGAUGAGCAUGCGUUCAAAGGAGUAGCAGAAACCCUGCAGACCCUGGACUUAUCUGACAACAGGAUCCAAAGCGUGCACAAAAAUGCCUUCAAUAAUCUGAAGGCCAGGGCUAGGAUUGCCAACAACCCAUGGCAUUGUGACUGCACUCUCCAGCAAGUUCUGAGGAGCAUGGCAUCCAAUCAUGAGACAGCACACAAUGUAAUUUGCAAGACCUCGGUGUUGGACGAGCAUGCCGGGAGACCUUUCCUCAAUGCCGCCAACGAUGCUGACCUUUGUAACCUCCCUAAAAAGACUACUGACUAUGCCAUGCUCGUCACCAUGUUUGGCUGGUUCACCAUGGUGAUCUCCUAUGUGGUAUAUUAUGUGAGGCAGAAUCAGGAGGAUGCCCGGAGACACCUUGAAUACUUGAAAUCCCUGCCAAGCAGGCAAAAGAAGGCAGAUGAGCCCGAUGACAUUAGUACUGUGGUAUAGCGACCACACUGACUGGCACUGGGAAGGUAGCUUCUGGCUGUAGUAGAAUACGUGGUUCACUUCUUCCUCCACUGUACAUGUUUAAAACUUUGUAUUUUAGUUUCUUUGGAAUCACACCACUGUUGGACUUUUCACAAAUACUACAACACUAAUAAUUUUAGUUUAGGUGAUCUUCCCUCCUUAAUUGUGCCCCCCAGCUCCUAAGUAAAAAAUUCUCUGAACAUUAGUUAGACCCAUCUCACUAUUUAAUAAUGAAAUUUAUUUUUUUAAUUUAAAACUGAAUAAAAGCUUAACUUUGAA